AUGACCACUUUGAUCGCGACCACUGUGACGUUAUACCCGUCGCCGGCGAGCUCGAGCCUUAACAGCUCGCUGGCCAGCCCGUCGAGGGCUCCCACUACUGUAACUCAUCUGGUAACUAGAACGUUGGCGUCUGACGAGCCGACAGGCGUUCCGCUGGGGACUUUUGACUCGAACGCGACGUCGGCGUCUGGACUCACGAUCGGCCUUGCGAUAGGGCUGCCUGUGGGGCUGUUCUGCCUUGGGCUCCUGGUGUUUCUGUUCUACUUCUAUUGGAGAGGCAGUGUCCUGGAGUCGAGUGCUGUUGCGAGCGGGUCCCGAGAGGCGGAGAAUCACAUGAAUGAGAAGAGCUGGCUGCCAAAUCUGAUAUAUGGCGGCAGGGAUGCCGACGACAAUUCCAGCUAUCUGAACGUCAAGCGUCUGCCUUCCGUGUCGUCCAAGAUACAGUACAGGAUCUCGCGAGCUGCGCCGCAGCAUAUCUUGACUCCGAAGGCGCCCUUGUGUCGAGAGUCGCACGGUGAUCCGCUGGCGGUGAACGACGAGGUCGAUACUUUCCUCUACUCGCGGCCCCCCAACAUCUACCACAUCGAUUCGAAGAUGCCCUCUACGAACAAUCUUGCGAAUGGAAGCAAGGUGUCGGUCAAUGGUCCGCAUUCCAUAUCCUCCUCGACUGGAGAGGUCAACCCAUUGCGAAGAGCAUCGCGGAAGUGGAGCUACCAGUCUCCCUUGUCCAGAUGGUUUCUCAGGAGUUCGACGUAUUUGCAAGAUGGUCUGACACUUCCGAUGUCCAUAAAGACGCCAACUGUGCAACUAAAGCAGCUGAAAAUCCUCUCUCGGAUCAACAAAGAGUAUGCCAACUCUUGGCAAUUCGUCGACGAUGAAAAGUCUCCAAUACUCGAUAGGAUGGACGAUUGCUCUGACGAGCAGGGCAGCCUCCCUUCGGCUAUGGACGGGGACGGCUGUGCUAUUCAGAAGCCUUCUUCAGGGAUUUACGGCACGAUUGAUCCGCAAACAUUCGAAGUACGAGACGAAGCGAUGGGAGGCGACAGGUCUCUGAAGCUGGGCCCCGCGCCGAGUAAUAUCGAGAAAGGCGGGAAGAACCGGCGACAGAGAAGGCAAAGCCGCCUCAGGCAGCAUCUGCAGCAAAUUUCAAAUGUGAAGCCCCUGCCGGUUAUCCCGAAAAGCACGUCCGGAUCCCAUGGCAGGUUCCAGAUCGGUCGUGUGUAUAAAGUGGUUCAAGAGUACAAAGCAAGGCUUACGGACGAAAUCUGUAUCGAGGCUGGUGAAUUUGUAAAGAUGCUGGCGACUCACACCGACGGCUGGUGUCUCGUUGAAAAGUGCACAAAAGACGGAGUCACGGAAUCUAUCUGCGAAGACAGGAAGGAUAUAAACGACAAAAGUUACUUAAAUGAUGACAGGGGCAUAAUACCUGGCGACUGCUUGCAGCAAGCCAAAUAA